UCAUCAGUCAGCUCUUUGCUUUCAAGUCAAUCCAAGCUUAGCUUUCAAAUCCGAAAAACAAAAACCAUCAUGUUCAAAUACGCCGUUGUCAUUUGCGCCCUGAUCGCCUGUGUGGCUGCCAAGCCAGGAUUGCUGCACACUCCUCUGGCAGCUCUGCCCGCUCCGGUGAUUGCUGCUCCCGCUCCCGUGGUCACUGCCGCCAGUAGCCAAGUCGUGGCCAGGACCUUCAACGGCAUCGCCGCUGCUCCAGUGAUUGCCCAAGUUCCGGUGGCUCCUGCUCCAGUUUUGCGGACCGUAGCAGCUCCCCUAGCAGCUCCCCUAGCAGCUCCCCUAGCAGCUCCCCUGCGCGCUCCAGCUCCCGUUGCCUUCGCCGCUCCAGUCGCUGCUCCCCUGGCCGCUCCAAUCCUGAACAGAGUGGCUCCAUUUGCUGCUCCCAUUGCCACCCCCUUCGCUGCUCCGUACGCCCAUCCCUAUGCUGCGCCCGUUUUGGCCAAAUACGCUGCUCCACUGGCUUAUGCCCCAGCACCUUUGAACUAUGCCGCGCCCGCUUUGUGGUAAAGGAAAAUCGCAUACCCCGGGAUUAAGCAACCGUUUGUGUGCUCAGUGACUGAUAGCCCUUAAUAAAACUCUUUAAAAUUGGU